GAUUACUGGCUCGGCAAGACUAUCGGACGUGGAGCAUCAGGUCGUGUCAAGCUUGGUAUUCAUCGGCGCACGGGUGAACUAGUGGCUGUAAAGAUGAUUGCACGUAGCCAACUUGUUUCAUCAUCAUCCACUUCACGCUCCGUUCAACGUGAGUUAGCUGUCCUACAGCUGCUUUACCAUCCGAAUCUCGUCGAGCUCCGACAAGUCCUUCAAGACACAUUUUACGUCUAUUUCGUUAUGGAAUAUGUUCAGGGCGGAGAGCUCUUUCAGGUCCUAUCAGAUCGAGGACGACUUCCGGAAACAGAAGUCCGAGCAUUGUUCAGUCAGCUGAUGACUGGCUUGAGCUGGUGCCAUUCACAUCACAUCUGUCACCGCGAUCUCAAGCCAGAAAAUAUUCUAUUGGACAAAGAUAAGAAGAAUAUAAAGAUAGCAGAUUUUGGAAUGUCUUCAAUAAUCUCUCCUGGUGAUCUAUUGAGAACGAGUUGCGGAUCACCACACUAUGCUAGUCCAGAAAUCAUAAAGGGAACGCCCUAUGAUGGUCGAGCAACAGACAUUUGGUCAACAGGUGUCAUUCUCUAUGUAUUGUUGACUGGUCAUCUUCCAUUUGACGAUCCCAACAUGGGUCGACUGUUAUCCAAGAUUAAGACCGGACGAUACCGGAGAUUACCGAAAUAUCUAUCUGAUGAAGCAAGAGAUUUAUUACAACGUUUAUUAGUAGUCGAUCCAAAAGAACGUAUGACGGUAAGC